GUGUCAUGGCUAGCUCAGACAGGGCUCCCUGUCCAGGAAGGGGAAAUUCAGAGCUGCGCAACAAGAUGAAGAUGCUUUGCUGCCAGCACCUCAGAAUAUCUCUAUUAUUUCUACCAACAUGAAACAUUUCUUAACUUGGAGUCCUGUGACCAUCCAAGGAGAAACUGUGAGAUACUCCGUUGAGUUUCAGGGGGAGUAUGAACGAGAGUAUGCCAAUGAGAGCUGGAUCCCCAUCUGUGAGUGUUCACUCAUCACAGCCACAGUGUGUAACAUCACAGAGGAUAUCUCAGCCACUGUGCCCUAUAACCUGCGUGUGAGGGCAGACGUUGGCGCUCGAAGAUCAGAGUGGGGCACCCUGAAAGGUUUCUUCAAUCGCAUCACAACUUACCUGACCCCACCUCUGAUGAAGAUCAUAGCAGACGGGUAUCAUUUACUAGUGGAGCUGGAAGACAUGGGGCCUGCCUUUCAGUUCUGUAUUCUCUAUUGGAAGAAGGGCCAGGAGAGUAGGAUGCAGCAGAAGAUGGUGAAAGAGAUCAGCUCCACGCUUCACCUGGACACCAUGGAGGCAGGAACUGACUACUGUGUAAAAGCUCAGACGUAUGUAGAGGCCAUCAACAGAAGCAGCAACUUCAGCCAGAUGCAGUGUGUGAGGGCACAAGGUGACAGAUCCAUGUGGCUUGUUACUGCCCUCAUCUCCUCUGCCAGCUUUGCUGUGGCUGUUUUGACCCUGCCUUUCCUUGCCUGGAAAACAAGUAAAAUCUUUCAGUAUUCCUGCUGCCCCUUUGUUGUCCUGCCAGACACACUGAAAGUGUCAGAGCCCUCCAGGCAGCUGAUACUGUGUGCGAGUGAAGAAGCUGAACACUGUGAUCUGAUGGUGCACGUGAUGCCCUCAGAAGAGGUUCUCCGACUGUGGAUUCAAGAAACACUUUAGAACAGAUCAGAACAAAAACCUGAUACUGUGGAAACACAUCUUCUAAACAGGUCUGGCAGAUUGCGCCCCAGCAGUUUUCCUCACGGUACCAACAAGUAAUGUCUGUUUCCUUUGCGUCUAAAAUAUGCUGAAAACUAAAGGUGUUGUGAGCAUGUGGUCUUGGUUGCUACUCUUGUCCUGUUUGUAACAUCUUCAUCCAUCAACAAAAGCAAGUAAAGGCUACAGAUGACAACUGCUAGUUUCUGUACUUUCCCUUCAUGUCCGCAAUGAUGACCAGACAUGUUCUGAGUGUCCUCACUGGUAAAGAUGGGUAUUAGGAUCUUUUGUCCCUUGUCUGAGGACACAUAUCCUGAGCUUUCCCACUCAUCCCAAAAGGGGAUGAUAUGAGGGAGGCUGGGGAGAUGUGAGUGGAAAUGAUAGCUUUGAAACAAUGGCUUUGUUGGAGUAGGAAAUAGCUUCAUAUUUUCCUAAGAUUACUGGGUAGUUAUUACAGAAUAUCACUCUGACAUGUAGGAAAUGCAUCUGCUGAUAGCCCUGUGGGAGGGAGUAUGGAAAGACUACUCAGCUGAGGAGUCAGCAAUGCAAGCUGGAUCUAUCUGUGCCUCUUUAGAUGUUCCCUCCCUCACUAUAGUGAACACAGAGAUGGGAACUGAUGGGAACUGGACUUCUUGAGGCCACUAGUGUAUGUUAGGGUUGCAUCUGUGCCCCACUAUCGUGCCAUUUUUCUUCUUAUGUCCUUUAAUGGUGAAAAAGAAUUCAUAGAGCAUUCAUUAGUUUUUAUGUUUUGGGAUAGUGUCAGCUGCUAGUGAAGUCAUUCGUGUAAUUAGUUACUGGCUGAGAAAAAAAUUGUUUGACUGUGAUUCAGUUUUGGUAAGAAAACUUAUUUUUGUCCUUCUGUCCACAUUUAAUUUCUGAAAUUUGGAACCUCAACCAUCUCCUUGUCCUACUCACUAACCCCCAUGCCUCCCUGCUCAGAAGGAGCAAGCCUCUUUCUGGGCUCUAAACAGGCUCCUGCUGCCACCGGAGGAUGAUCCCUACCAAGAAGUUGAAGCAGUGCUCUGCAGGAGGAAGGUGCCGUGAGACAUCACAAUUUUCACUCCAUUAACAGCCUUCUAGGCCAAGGACCCAGCCAAACUCUAAGUAUAGCCUUCAUUUACCCUUACCUUGAUUGGAGAGAGGCAGAAAACAGCCACUCCACCCAUCUUAGGUACCAUCUCCCACAGGUAUUGUCUCUGUGGGCACCUACUGCAUCUGCCAGAGAAGUCCUGCAUGGUUGUUUUGGCAGCCCUUGAAACAAUGUCAGCUUUAGGGGCUGUGGCCCCCAGGACCCCAGCACAGGGCUGCUGAUGCCCUGUGCAAGUUGUCCCGGCACCCCUUUCCUCACUGCAGGGUUGGUUCUGGCUACCUUGCUCCUGCAGCCUAUGUGGCACUGAGCGACUUCGCUGUGCAUGUGCCAGGCCUUGUUUAAAUCAGAAGAAAGGACAUCUGUUAUCUUAUUUCCCCUCCACCUCUCUCCUCACAUCGAUGGUCCCAAGGCAGUGCCCACCCUUCGAUGCCUGGGAUUUCACCAGAGCACUAAAUGUAUAGCCCAGUCCCUUACUCCCAAACCACUUCAGCCUCAGUAUUUUUGCCGCAAAAGGUUGUUGCAAUUUACUUGGGCUUUUAAAGAAAUAAAGUUGCCGUGAGAUAAGCGGUAAGAGCUUCUUACAUGGCUAUCGCUGGAAUGAAGGGAGGAAAAUGCUGUUAGGGCUUCAGGCAGAUGCCCAGGCCUUGGCCUGAGGUUACGCUCUCUGAAAAGGAGGUGGAAAAUUCCUGAACAUGACAUGAGAACUUGCUGGAUGUGACAGGCAGCAGUGUACGGCACUAAGAAAAAUUACAGACAGCAUGAAGGAUGGCUGCAUUUCACCAGUGCUUAAGGGGGAGUGAUGUGAGAAAGAGUCAAACAUCACAGACAGUUGCAGGGACCAUUGGGCACCUUUUGCAGAGCAGAGCCUUGCAUGGCCAGCAGCACUGGCCAUACCAUAUGGGUCUGAGUUCAUGUAGGCAGUGGUAUCAGCAUCACUAAAUUUGCGGUUGGAUUUAGCAAAACAUAGGACCAAUGGGGAAAGAUAAUUAGGGGAGGGAGAGGGCAGAGAAAGGGAGGCUCAAGAAAUGGGAAAAGAGAUAAAAGAGCAUGCAAAUCAUGUGGUCAGGGCUGUCCGGGGUGCCUGCAGCACAGCCCUGGGGUUGAUCACCGCAGCUAAAGCAGGACAAUAAAUCAGACCUUCUGUUCUGGCCAUGCUGUGUGCAAGGCACAGCUGCUCCUGCAGCCAGGGUGGGCAGUAGGCAGGGUGCUUACCCUGGCUAGCAGGCGAACACCCAGACGGAUGGGUCGGGUGUCCCUGCUUCACUGCGUCAGUGCUGUUCCAGGCCUGACAGCAUCCUUGUUUUCCACAUAUCCGAACAUCCUCCUAAUGCACGAGGUCUGAAAAGAAGAAGAAAAACUCUUGCCAAGUACAAAUAAGAUACAAUUGUUCUGCAUAUGCAGCAAUUAUGUUUGUCACUUGGAAGAACAGUCAUUUAGUACUGUGGAGCAGAAAACAGUGUUAGCGGGACAUGAAAAGACUUUGGGCUGAAAAGCUUUUCUUAAAGCUAUCGGUGGAUCUAAUGAAAUCUGACAGAUCUCUCCCUUACAGAAUGUGCCUUUUUAAAGAAUUUCAUUCUCGCAAUCUUGCGUCAGGCCACCAGGUGUCAACAAAGCUCUGUGAAAAGACUGUGUGACUCUGGACUCUGUUGUCACCUCUGUGGUCUCCGGCAGAGGCAGUUCACCUUCACCUCUGCGGUUAGUUGGGAAAUAGCCUGUUGCAGACACUCAUGGCAGGGUGGUCCCAGACAAGGAGAGGAUCUGGGACUGAAGAGGGGAAGAUCAUGUGCAUGGGCUGGUAUGACAAUACUGCGGGGCCUGCUGGGGUGGCUGCAGUGGAGGGCAGCUGGGGGAGGGCUGAUCCUGGCAGCAGGCAGCGGAGGGCGGUGGUAGGGUCAGGGGGACAGUCAGCACAUGAGCACACUCCAGCCCGGGGCUGGAGCUGAACAUCCCCUUGGAAGGCCUUGCCCAGUGCUUGGGUUUUCAAAACAUAGUUCCCCAUCAUGGAGGUCUUCAGGGUAGAGCUGGUUUAGGGAGCUCCUGCACCUCUCAUCCCCCACUGAUGUGGAUGAGCUCAGUGUCUUGGUUUCUAGCGUGUCUCACGAGGAUGUUCCCACAGGGGGACCCUCCAGUUUCUUGUCCCUUCCACGCUCAGAAGUGACUGUCGGUCUGAAAAGCCUUAACCAUUCCCUCUCCUUUCCUAUGACUUGGUUGCAUUGUAGCAGUAGCAGCAAUUUUUGAGGGAAACAGAGGAAGGCAGGGAAAGAAAAGGCUUGUUAAUUUGAAUGUGAAUAGAUCUUUAUACAUAAUUUUAAUGAAACUUUUCCAGAAGCAUUAAAAUAAAAUAUUAAACACGGA